GGAAUGCAAAAACUCGCUCUCCUGGGGCAGUAGAAGUGACGCAGAAUGUUUCGCUAUAUCGCCCAGGCUUAUUCAGAAAGUAGCUAGAUUUGUCGCUAAUCGCUUUUUGAAAAAUAAGUCGCUAAGGGUUCUGAAAAAUCGCUAAAUAUAGCGACAAAGUGGCCAAGUUGGCAACACUGCCUCCACCUGGAUUGAUUACGAGAAGCUCCGCCCAGCGUUACAGCAUUGACUAUUAAAUACUUUUAAGAAGUCUGUGAUUGGACAACCGAGCGGUCACUCAUAAAUUCACAGCAAAUCGCAAACAGUCCAAGGGCGGGGUUUGACGGGUGGUCACAAAAAACCCUUAACGUACCACUUUCGCUUUUGGUCCGACUCCGACCCACUCACACGCACACGCGAUAUACCUCUACAGCUUUCGUUAUCGUCGAAUCCCGCCUCACGUCAUCGUCGAAUCCCGCCUCACGGCCAUCUGAUUAGAUUCCAUCGUCAGUUUAUUUAUGGCGUGAUUUCAAAACGUUGUUCGGUUUGGGGGCGUGUCUAAGAGCUACGGAACACAUUUCGUUUCCAUAUCCUAGUGUUCAGUAGUAGUUUUAAUCAGAAUAGUUUAGCCUUCGUGAUUUAGGAGUCGUUUAGUUGUGUCCCCGACGCUCGUCUCUGGCCCAUUUAGUACGUAAUUCGAGCGACAUUUACAACAUGUAGGUAAAUGCGCGAGCUUUUCUCUCGUCGCCAGGGUUUCAGCAGCAGCGCGAGCUUUCAUUUCCCCUUUCGUUUGUCUUUCUGAAGCUGUACGGGUCCGUUUUAUCCUUUGACACCCCGAAACAUGGAGCACACGGGCUGCGUCAACAUCUGCAGUCUCACCAGCACCUUACCGGUGAUUCCGUAUAGGAAACUAACGGACCUGCACUACAUCAGUAAGGGAGGCUUUGGGACUGUUUUCAGGGCGCAGCACAGUGACUGGCGCACAACAGUAGCGAUUAAGUGUUUAAAACUGGAUUCACCGGUUGGUGAGAGAGAAAGGAAUUGUUUGCUAAAAGAGGCGGAGGUGCUUCACAAAGCUCGAUUCAACUACAUCAUUCAGAUCUUUGGGGUGUGCAAUGAGCCCGAGUUCUUCUGCAUUGUGACCGAGUUCAUGACCAAUGGAUCUCUGGAUGAAUUACUACAUGAGAAAGAUAUGUACCCAGUGGUGGCCUGGCCAUUGAGGCUUCGAAUGCUUUACGAGAUAGCUCUAGGGGUCAACUUCCUCCACAAUAUGAACCCACCACUUCUACAUCAUGAUCUCAAAACUCAGAAUAUUCUGCUGGAUGGAGAGUACCAUGUCAAGAUAGCUGAUUUUGGCUUGUCUAAAUGGCGUCAGCUGUCUAUCACUAAAGGCUCUGGCUCCAAACCUGCUGAAAUGGGGGGCACUGUCAUCUACAUGCCACCUGAGGAGUAUGAACCUUCAAAGAACCGCAGGGCUGAUGUCAAAUAUGACGUGUACAGUUACGCCAUCAUCAUGUGGGAAGUGCUUUCAAGACGGAUACCAUACGAAGAUGCCACCAAUCCCAUGCAGAUCAUGUUCAGCGUUCUGCGAGGGUCUCGACCCGACACGGGCCCAGACAGUCUUCCCACGGACAUUCCCAGCAGAGAAACCCUCAUAAACAUCAUGACCUGCGGCUGGACCACCAACCCAGAAGAGCGUCCCUCCUUUCUCCAUUGUCUAAUCGAACUGGAGCCGAUGUUGAGAAAGUUUGAUGAGAUUGAUGUCCUAGAAGCAGUACUGGAAGUCAAACGGUCAAAAUUUAUGAGGUCAACAAGCUGCUGCAUAUCUCAAACAAAUGGAAAACAAACCCAGGAAAAGACUAUGAAGGACAACUGUUCCAAGUCUAUAUCCGGUUCCUGCUCUUCCCAGGAAGCAGAAAUAUCCCAUCCAGGAUUCCUUACCAUAUCAAAUAUACCACCUUCUGCAGGUCUUCCGUCAUCAUUAGUGUCCAUUCCAUUGGAUCCUCCAAAGCCUCUAAUAGACCACUACUCUCGUAACAACCUCAAUCCUGAAUAUCAGAUAACCCAGCCCGUAUCCGACUUCAACAUACCCAUGAAACCACAUUCACCCCAGUCUGUGAGCGAUCUGGCCCCUGCCAUACAACCACUCACCCUACAGCCCCACCCGCAAGAUUUAACGCCAGGAUUUGACACCCAGGGUCCCGCAACCCGCUGGAUCUCAUCCCGUCGGGAGGACAUUGUUCAGCAGAUGACGGAGGCGUGUCUCAACCAGAGCUUAGACGCUCUGCUGGCUCGCGAGCUGCUGAUGCAUGAGGACUAUGAACUGGUCGUGAACCUACCCACACGUACCGCAAGGGUACGCAAGCUUCUGGACACCUGCGACCGGCACAGCGAGGAGUUUUGUCGUGUGGUGGUGAGAAAACUUCUGGAUAACAGACAGAUGGGCCUAAAUCCCUAUCCUGACCUCAGCAACAUCAGCCCUCCACCACCUUAUACUUCUCCCACCGCUCCCUUCCUGUCCAACGCCUUUAACAUAACUCGAAACGUCUUCUGACCUGAAAUGUGAGUCCUCCGUUUUGUUUCUAGGGUUCUACUAAAGGUUCUUGCUUUGUUACUGCUGCUUAGGUGGUAGUUUGUAUUCCUGGAAAAACAUGUUGGCCAGAUGAGCACUUUGUUGUGGAGUUGAGCAUGGACCAUUUUGAAGAGAAAACAAACUCUUGUAGUGCUGAAAAUCCACAAAAUCGUGUUUAAACCUUUUUUGUCGUUUCUACCCUCCCUGUCAGAACAUCAUUUUGCAACUUUUUAUGUUUGGCUGCUUUACCCACAUAACAAAUCCUGACACUUGGACAGGAUGGGAUUUGGAAGUAGUGUGAAUCAGCUAUACGGUCUUCCUUUUUGUAAACCAGUGCUUUUGUUUCCCCGCAUUGAAACUUGAGUGGUUUAGUUGCAUCCAAGGUAUAUUCUCUCUCUGGGAUGGAUGCAGAGAUUGUUUAGUAGCUUGUAAUGUUGUACAUUUGUGCCAGCAUAUAUGUCUCUGAAAAUGGAAUGAAACAUAGAACUAUCAAUCAGACUGUACUUGAGUCAAAUGAAAUAUGGUCUACCUUGACUAUGGUCCAUUCAAAUGCCAUUGGUUAUGCCAUAUGAAGUGCCAACUAGUUCACUAUUCCUUCUUUUCUGACACUUUUAUUUAGACAUUUGAAAUGCUAUUGUUACAUUCUCUUAAUCACAGUUGUAAUCUUUUACAAUUCUUCUGCCCAGAAGAAGCACAGAAAGCCCCUUGCCCUUUGCUUUUUUGACUACUGUAGCAAUACUAGGUGCCACAAAUGAUAAAACUGUAUUGACCCUCAGAAUGUUACAAUAGAGUCUGUAACUUUAUGAGAGCAGGCACGAUGCAAUUCAUCUAAACUGGCCAAGGACAACUUUAAACUUUGUGUUAGCAAACAAGCACUUCUAUCUACAUUAAAGGGAUAGUUAAUCCAAAAAUGAAAAUUCUGUCAUCUAUCAGUCAACCUCUUGUCAUUUCAAACCUAAAAGAUUUUCUGUCUUCUGCAGAACACAAAAGAAGAUAUUUUGGACAAUGUUGGAACCUUACAAUGUCGAUACCCAUUGACUGCACUAGAAGUGUAUGGGUAACACCGAUGUUUGGUAACCAACAUUCUUCAAAAUAUUUCAUUCUGUGUUCUGGCGAAGAAAAAAGUCAUACAGGUUUGAAAUGAAAGAAGAUGGGUCAAUUAUGACAGAAUUUUCGUUUUUUGGGUGAACUUUCCCUUUGAGUUCUUGUCGUUCUCAAAGAUACACUUGACUUGCAUGUGUUUGACCUCAUCUGCCUAUCAAACCAUAUGCAGCCAUUCAUGUUAAAUUCCUUAGGCAAAUUCUGCUUUCAUAAAUUAAGUGUUGUGCCAUCCUGCGUAAAAGCAGACAGGUGUACGCUGGUCAUGACCGGCUCCAGAUGUAGCAGAAUUUAGACCGUUUAUAGCACUUUGAGCAUAGAGCAACUGUCAACAUCAGCACAACUGGAUAUAUAUUAAAAAGCUCCUACUGUCAAAAUGUUCAUUUAGGAAGUUUUGAACAAAUAGUAUCUAAGUCUUUAGAACAGAGUUAAUUGUUUAGACCAUCUGAUUUUCUGUCUUGUUUGAAGAUAUUGUUUGUAACUCUUAGUUGUUUUUAUUAUAAACCAAAGGGAAUGUUUUAAAUUAACACAGACAGAACACAAAUUUAUGAUGUCAUGAACUAAAUUUGUGACUUUAUUCUUCAAUGUGUUUUUGGUCUACGGGAUCAGUCAUGUGCUUGAUAAGUUUUGUGACACCUCUUAUUUAUCCUUUUUUCAGUGUUGAGACUUGAAAUUCCUGUGACAGUGAUUGUGCAUGUUACUGCUAAUUUUCCCUUUAUGCAAACAAGCAUUAUACAGGCCAUUGGGUGGACUUCAUGUCCUGGAAUGUCCUGAAACUGGCUGCUCCAUUCAUGUGUUCCUCUUCUAAGCUUUUAAUCUGCUUUGGGACUUUUGCUUUCAGUAGUCAUACAGAAGACUCACAAAUAAUGAUUUUAGAAAGUUGGUGUUUUAAGAUCUGUAGAUUUUUCUUUUGUGAGGGGUUGGGGACCAUUUACAAUAUCAAGAGUAUGUUUGUUUUGUAUUUAUUUAUAUAGUCAUGUAUACCAUUUAGUGAUAAUUAACAUUUAAGUGGUUUGUGAUAAGUUGUUGCUGUGUCUUUUUUUAUUUUAGUAUCAGGCUUUAAGUGCUGUGCCAAUCCAGUGAUGCUGCAUUGCUGAAUGCAUCUUUAGUCUCAUUCUCUUAUUCGGAUGCUAAAUAAACAGUGAGUGUCGGCACACAACUUAGCAAUACAGUAUGACGGCCAAAUUCUGAAUCGCCUAAACAGAAUUUAGGCUUGGAUACAGAAGACUUGGUUUAUCACAGUGUUCUACAUGUUCUGUAAUAUGUAACAUCACACUGGCUGUGGAUUUACAGUUGAAGUGUCUGUGCUACUUAUUUCAACAUUCAUGUCUGCCUUUGAGCUUUUAGAGUUUCUUAGAGUGUUGUCUUUGACAAAUUUCAAAUAUAUAAUGACAAUAAUGUUAAACUUAUGUAGCACUGUACAAGUAGCAUCUGGGUUCUGUUUCUGUGUGAUAAGGAACUUCCGAAAAUAGUCAAGUUUGAAGUGUUAUUAAAACCUGUAGUAUUUACUGAA